UUCUGCACCUACUCCUGCUCUCGAGACACCAGCGACACCAUGAACCCAGGAACUCCACACUACGAUCCGUCGCUGCCUCACUAUCCCUCGCCUGCCAUGGUGCAAGACUGGUAUCAGUGGGAUACUCAGACUACCACUGGUACUACUGUGGUCUCGCCGCCGCCAUCGUAUAUGCACUAUGCGAGUGGCCAUACCAUGUUCUAUGGACCGACAACAUCAGCAAUGGCUGGCUGCAGGUCAAAGGACUCCCCCGCCGGUGUACUACCCUGUACCACGGCCAAACGAGUCGCCGACUCCGUGCACACCGAGUCACAAGCGAGGACGGCCGUCGGAGAUGGAGAACAUAGAGCCCAAUACUGACGAUGAAGAUCUGCGAACUCCCCUCAGCCCGUCGAAAGGGAGACGCUCUACGAAGAAACAGAAAGUUUCGGAAGAGCUCACACUUCGUGAGAAGCUCGAUAUCUGUUUUGCGGCAAUUAUCGAGGGCGCAGGAUUGUCAUUUGGCGAGUUCUUGUACUAUGCCUUCCGCUUCGAGGACGAGCGGCAUGUGCUGUGUGUUCGGCACUUCCUCCAGGGUACUGCCCCAGGUGCCAUCAACUUCACUCCAGCCAUGCUCGUGGACAUCUUGCUCCGCCAUCCAUACGGUCGAAAGCGUGGAAAGGACCUCGCACACGAAGCAGACCUCCUGUAUUCGACCACGAUGGACUGGAAGGACAUCAAGUCAGUACUCACCGCAGAGGCAAACACCGCGGUCAAGGCCGAGAAUGGAUUGCAUGCCAUGAGGUAUAAGCGGCGGGCUGGCGCAGCUGGUGCAGCCAAUAGCCCACAAAUCGAGGACAUUACUUGGGCUGAUAUUGGAUCAGCAACAAACAUCAGCCACUCACAUGGGCCUACAUCCUUGCCAUCGCGGAGCGUUCACGUCCGAGUCGUGGCAGUGUGACAGAAGAAGACAAUCCAAUUUGGCCCUGAGCCGUA